AUGGUCAUUUUCUGCUUCUGUAGCGUUCUGGUAUGCAUUGAGAUUCCGGCACUCCUCGGCAGCAAGUUCAACCUCAACUUCGAGGCUAUCGGGCUCAACUUCAUUCCAUUGAUAAUUGGAAAUGUGAUCGGUGAAAUCGUGAGCGGUCCACUGAGCGACUGGUGGCAGAAUCGAGCUGUCAAAAACGGCGUUCCGCCAUUACCUGAAAGGCGACUGUGGCUAUUCUACCCAGCCCUCGGAUUCUGUUUUGCAGGAAUCACGGUGUUUCUGGUGACUCUAGAUCAGGCUACCGAGGGCAAAUGGAAUGUCCGCCCUGACAUCGGACUAGCACUUGCAGGACUCGGCAACCAGAUGAGCACAACAAUCUUAUUUACCUACGCUGUUGAUAAGAACCCUACUCACUCGGGCGAAGUUGGAGUUAUCCUCGUUCUUGUCCGGCAGAUUUGGAGCUUUAUUGGUCCGUUUUGGUUUCCCAUUAUGUUCAGGUCUAUUGGACUCCGAGGCAGUUCUGCCUUGUGUUGUGGGCUUAUGGCAGUGUUCUCGGGUUUUGUCGUGGCAGGGCAGCACAUCUUGGGUAGCCGUCGCACGAAAUAA